AUGGUGAAGCACGACAAAGUUCACGAUCCCUUCUUCACCAAGCAUCAGCAAGGCUGGUGGAAAGGCCGGGACGUGAGGAUGGCCAAGACCUUCUUCAAGCCCCUUGCGUACUACCGAAAAGAGUCCGACAAUUCGGAAUAUUCUUUGGUCUAUGUCAACAUCCUCAGCGGAAUCACCCAUCAGGUCCGCAUCACAAUGAGAAGUGUUGGGCAUCCCUUGGUCUCCGAUGACCGCUACCUUCCAACGAACGUUGCUAUAGAAGAUGCCGACUGGUGUCCCAGAAACUUCUUGGUCGAAGUGCGAUCGGACUGGUUCGACAUGUGCGGGCCAUAUCCAGACCGCAAGCGAAGGGCAUACACCAGGAUCUCAGUAGAGAAUCCUCUGCCAAAGCUUUUCCAAGAUGUCCUGGAAAAGAAGCUGAAACUCACGGAGAAGCUGGACGCCGAAGCAGACCUCUUCUUGGGCUCCAGGUACUGGGCAUUGGGUGACGAGAUGCUCAUGGCAGACUUCCCCAAGGAUACCGAGUAUCGCAAGAAGGUCAUGCGUUGGGGCAUCCGUCGAAAGAUUCAUCUUGACGCUCUUGACCGGCUGCUCCUGCUCAGCCGAGAGGAUAUCGACCGCAUGAUGGCUGAGUACAAGCCCCCAGCAGAAGACGAGGAAAGCUGGGUGUGCCCCCUUUGCAUGAGCUUGAACCAGAAGGACAACUGGAACGACGGGUACCAUUGCAAGGGCCAUCUUGGGCGGAGUUGUCAUGGCACAUUGAAGAUGUCCGAGGACACAAAGCUGCCUUAUGGGUGGAGGGACUACCUCGCAGACCCAACUUUGCACAUGCUGAAGAAGGUGAACCCACUCUGGCUGGAGGCCCGCAAGCAGGCAAUCCAGAAGCGGCGUGCUGUUUGGUCAAAACCUCCUGAGGAGGACGAAGGAGAAGAGCCCAGCCGCGAGCUAAUUAAAAAACUGCAUGACGUGCUCUUCAAGGAUGCUCAAUCUGGCGGCUAUGGAAUCGAGCAGAAGGACCUUGCUCAGAAGGUGCAGGGUUUCGAGACGCUCCGAAUGCCUGUGAAGCUGCCGAAGGACUGUGAGGUUCGAAGAGUGCGGCUGCCUGGGCGUGGCAUCGGAUCCGGGUGGACAUACACACUGUCGGGCAAGGAACGGCUGAAGGCGGCCUCCAACUUCAGCUGCAAUCCCAAGUUGCUAAAACAGCCUCUCCUCGUUGAGACCGACAGGUUUCCGCAGAAGAACGUCGCCCCCAAAGAAGAAGUUCAGGAGGUUGUUGAGGAGCCCGUGCCGGUGCCGCCGGAGUCCCGCAAGCAGACGCGCAUCUUGACGCUGCAAGGAUCAGAAGAGGAUGACUGGCGGAGCCCCGAUGCCAGGAACAAGCGGAAGGAAAGAAGCGAGGUGCAUGAGAUCGCUUCUACUGCCAACACGCCGCGAGAAAGACGUCCUCGCAAAUGGCAGAGGAUUACGAGGAGCGAUCGGACGGCCUACUAUCUGGACGUAGACACCGGUGAGAUGUGCGAUGACAUGCCGGCGGACUACAAGGAGCAGCCACCUGUUUGGGAGCGCCGCGUUUCCAGAUCCAAUUCAGAUCAUGUCUUCUACUACAACACAGACACAGGGGAGACGCGCGUCGAACGUCCCGAGGGCGUCAAAAUUAAGAAUGAUGCUGAGGCGCGAUCCGCCGGCGCCACAGCCCCAUCCUCCAGGCCAGCCGAGAAGGACGAGGAAGGCAUUCCAUGGCAGCGUCUCGAGUCCAAGUCGAAGCCAGGCCUCUUCUACUAUUUCAACCCGCUGGACGGCGCGCAGGAGAUCAAGCCGCCGGUCGUCAAAGCUCCGUGGCAGCUCUGCCGGUCCAGCUCGAUGUCAGGUCAGUACUACUAUUUCAACCAGGCCUGCCCGACCGCUUGA